GGUCAGUUGUUGGUUUACUGGUGAAGAAGAGGCAUGGGUUUUCUCUGUCUCCUAAACUGUUGCAUUUCGCAACAAGACGACUACAACAAUGAAGACGAGUGGCAAAGCUACUACAAAAAGGUUGAGAGAGAGAAAAGAGAGCAAAAGAAAGAGUCGGCCCUGGAAAGUCUCAAAGAAAUUAAGAAGAGAUUAAAAAAAUACACUCUGCAGGAUCUCAAGAGAGAGCUAGAGGCAUUGGGGGUAAAGGUUGAAGAUGCAUGUGGGGCAAAAAGGAACCAUAAGAGCGAGAAGAAAAUGAAGAGAGAGCUGAGGAAACUUGUCAUGAGAGAGAUGAAGAGAGCUCAUCUACAGAGAAGAGUCCAGGAAACAGAAGAAGAUGAACAUGACACCUCCUCUCAGUCCUCUCUGAAUCUGACCUCAGACCAGGACCGUUCAUCCUCUCAGGAGUCUCUAGAAGUGGAGGCACCCCUUAGUGACAUGCUGGAUAGGGUCGAGUCUGGUCUCAGUCUGUCAGAGCAAAACAUGGAGUCACUGGUAGUGGAGGCAACCCUCAAUGACAUCCUGGACAAGGUUGAGUCUGACCUGACUGCAGCAAAAGAGGCAGCAGAAGAAAAGGAGGCAGUGGAAGUGAAGGCUGCUCUCAAUGAUCUGCUGAGUGGUAACGGAACAGAACUGGUAACUUCACUGAGUGGUAUCCAGGAUGAAGUGGAGUCUUGCGCUACAGGCCUGGAGGAGAAACAACUAGAUAAGGAUGUGAAGGCUCCUCUCGAAAAUAUCCUAGAGAGUGUUGAAUCUCCUCAGAGAGGGACACAUGCUGACGCACUGACUGCCGUGACUGUGGAGGCAGAAAAGAGCGUGGAGAAGGAUGCAGAUGAAAUCAAGGCAGUUAGUAUCCUCUCAGGUCCCUCUCUGGAGGUUGGGCUUCCUAGAAAGGAAACUGAAAAGGAAGGACAAAAAGAGGAAAGGCGGCUGGAUGGGCCCUCACUUGACCAAGUUUUGGAGGAUUUGGAAAUGACCUGCAAUGCGCUAAGAGACUUCCUUGAAACCAACAAGAGAGCACUCAGCAAAGGCCAUUAUGAAGAGGCGGCUGGAGACCAAGUAGAGAAAGAGGAGCCUGUUCAGAUGGAAGCAGUGGGAAUCCUCACCCUGAAAGAGACGGCUGCUUCCCUGGUUGAUGUGGAGACCUCAAAGUCUUCAGCUGAAGAGCAGAAAAACAACCCCCUGCAGACUGGAGCUGUGCAGAAGAAGAAAGUCAGACGGGGAAAAAGGGGCCGAGGCGCCAAGGGAAACAAAAAGACCAACACCACCACGCCUCUCCAGAACGAGGGAGGAGAAGAGAGGAGCAGAGCCCAUCCUCCCCAGACUGUUGCUGCGGGGAGGGGAGACAGAGCGGAGGAGAGAUGGCCUGCGAACCACAAACGGAGCCAGAGAGAGGAGGUGAGGAGCGGAGCCCACGUGAGACGACAACAGAGCCAGAUGGAGCCCGUCUCCGGGAGUGGACAUAGGAUGAGGGGGAGAGGACACACAACGUGGACCGGAGGCGCAGGGAGAUGGGAUGGACAAUGGAGAGGACCCGUGAGGAGGUGGUGGGGUGGAGCUCAGGCAGACUACACACAGUGGGGCGGUGAGGAGGAGAGACGUGUGGAGAGAGACAUGAGGCAUCUGAGGGACUGGCAUCAUUCUCAAUGGAGAGGAGAGUAUGGCAGACAUCCCCACUACUGGCAGAAUGGGAAGCAAUGAGGGAGAGGAGAGAGG